AGUCGGAGUAGGAAGCGCAGCACUUCUACUCCUUUGGCUGCUACAUUAAUGUGGCUGAUAAAAGAUGGUACUGGAAUGGUUGGCCGAAUAUUGUUUGCUUGGUGCAAUGGCACCAAGCUAGAUGCGGAUAGUAAGAAAUGGAGGUUUUUUGCAGACCUUCUCAAUGACUGUGCUCUAAGCCUAGAAUUAUGUGCUCCAUAUGCUGUAGCGGCAGUUGGAGGAUCUAACGGAACUAUGACUAGUAUUCUUUGUGUUGCUGGGGUAGCCAAAUCGAUUGUUGGAGUAGCUGGAGGUGCAACAAGAGCAGCUUUAACCCAACAUCAGGCCCGACAAGGGAAUCUUGCCGAUGUAUCGGCCAAGGACGGAAGCCAAGAAACCCUGGUGAAUUUAGCUGCCCUAAUAACUAGUCUUUGGCUUUUACCUAUUUUAGAUGGCGCUACAGGAUUGACAUGGUUAAUAUUUAUCCUCUUUACGUUGUUGCACGUCUUCACUAACCUGAAGGCUGUAAAAGCUGUCACCAUGGAAACUCUUAAUAGGGCUAGAUAUAUGAUUAUUUUGAAGCAGUUUGCCUCAACCAAAUAUGUGGCUUCCAUGAAAGAAGUUAACCCCAUCAUGGGACUCAUUCCGAGUUUCCGACUGAGGAGGAUGUGUGCGGUUACCGAAUACAACUCGGAUGCUCAAUCAAGGCUGUUGCGUCCCGAAGUACUUUUGAAAAGCAAUUGGCUCAUUAUUCUGAACGGAAUUUUGCUGUGA